AUGAAAGCUCUAAUCCACGUCACAGGCUCCCAGAGGGCAUUUGAACGGCUACACGACAAGCCCAUGCUCUUCCCCACGAUCUCACGCCUCACGACCGUCCAAGAGAUCGACGAGAUCAUCCUGGCCAUAGAUGAUUACGAAGACCAGACGGUGGAAAAUAUUCUUGUAGCAAUCCGACACCCGUCAACGAUCCAGAUCAGUUCCUUGUUUGCGAAAGAGUACAGCAACGGUGGAUGGCUAGCCGUGGCUAAGGAGCAGGGCAGAUUGACCAGUGAUGGUGAACCGUUCUUUCUGUUGAGGACCAACGUGAUCGUCGACUACCCAUUUAACGACAUGAUCGAAUUCCACAAGCAUCAUGGACAUGAAGCGACAAUGCUGAUUUCACAGGUGGACAAGGGCUUGGGAUUCAACUCAGUACUUGUGGACCGCAAUACAAGAAGAGUUGAGGAGUAUUUUAUUGGGCCAGGCCCAUUGGUGGGCCCAUUGAUAGACACACAGAUAUACCUCUUCAAUCCAUCUAUCCUGGAGAGAGACCUUUAUAAGCCCAUGAUCCUUGGGGCAAGCAUCCUUCCAGCCCUUGCUAGAGAAGGGAACCUCUAUUCCAUGCCUUUGAAGGGUCCCUACAUUGAUCUUAAAGAUGAUGGCUACAGACUAGGCUUGGAACGUUUUUUUAAGUACAUGAAUCCCAUGAUCCCUAAUGCCAUACGAAAUAACCCAGUUGUGGUCAUUUGUGGGAACGUCUGGAUCGACGCCACGUCUUCAGUGACGGGUGAUUGCCAAAUCGGCCCGGACGUGAUCAUCGGCCCGGAUUGGAAGAUUAACUGUUCAGAUGUCCAACAUAGCGUGCUGAUGAGAAAUGUAAGUGUCCUGCACUAUGGCUAUGUGGACGGGUGCAUCGUGGCAUCUGAUACGACUGUCGGCCCCAACACGGCUGUGUACCCGGUCUCUGUGAUAGAAGAUAGGGUCCAAUCGGAUGAAGCGACAGAUGAGGUGGUUCAGCCCCCCAGUGAGCCCUUUGGAACAUAA